AAAUAAAGGUGUGAAAUUGUGAUUUGGCAAGUGUAAAUUUACUCAUCUUUAGUAAAUAAGUACCAAACAUUGGAGAUUGACUUGUUGGUAACAGUUCCAAUUUCUCAAAUGUCAGAACAUGAUAGCUCAUGUUUCCACAAUGUAGCAGACCACCGGCACAGAAGAAUUGUUUGGUUUAUCCAACAAUGUUUCAAUUGUAUCAGGAACAUAAUGUUUCUACUUUCGACAUGCUGUCUUUGGCUAAACUUGAGUCUUGGCCGAUGUUACUGUCAGCAACCAAUCUGUGGUUGAAACUUGAAAGUGAAGCAGUCAAUGUUGGGUAAUGGUACCCUGAUGUUUCUUCUUGAGUCAUGGGCAACUACUUAUACACCUAGCCUUUCUUCUUCUUCUCUCUCUUCCGUUUUUUUUUUUUUUUUGAAAUGUGCCUCCUGUCGUUGAGAUUCGGACCCAGUUCCGCUUCGGCAGUUCGGAGUACAGAGCUUAUACAUGUAACUGUCUGUCUAACAUGUGGUGAUAGAGGCUUUGUUCAGGUUAUGGUAAACUGUCCAAGGUGUCAAGAUAGUGCACAACAUGUUUAUUGCCUUGAUGUGAUACCAGUAAAAUAUUAUGAGGACGAUUUUACCUGGGUUUGUGACGAUUGCAAGAAGAGGAAGAGGUUUAAAAAGAAGAGUAAUAGAAAGAAACUCACUGGGUCUGUGGCUAAAACCAAGGUUCAGAUAUGUGAAGGUAACCCUCCUGAACACAAGGCUAAGGGCAGUGAAGAUCAGGUCAAUUCCUCCCAUGAUUUGGCCGCAUCUGUAAAGACCCUUCAAUUAGCUGCUAGCGACCCUUCAGAAAUCAAUGAAGACUGUUAUAUUGCUGCACAGCCUAUUAUUGAUCUAACUUGGAGGGGAAGUCUAAGCAUAAUGAACAAAGACUUCAGCAUCAUUAGUGGCCUUGUAGCCCAUCUCUCAAGCUUAGCAUGUGCUAAAGUGUUUGAAGAGGCGAAAUUGCUACCGAUGAUGCUGUUUCCAGAUUUGGUUUGUAGGGUUGAUGUGUGGCCAAAGGCAUUUCAGAGCUCCGGACCGAGUGAUCAUAGUAUUGCUCUUUAUUUUUUUCCUGCCAGCGAAAGUAAUGAGAUGGAUUUUGACAACCUAGUUGUUAGCAUGAUCCAGGAGGAUCUUGCUAUGAGGGCAGUGCUGGAUAACACUGAGCUCUUAGUCUUCACUUCAAUUGUACUGCCUGAGCAUAUUCAAAAAUUGCAGGAUUCCAGACAAAGCUUUAUUUGUGGGGAGUAUUUAGGGGGAAGCAGUCUUCCCCCAUUAACAAAUGGUAAUGCCCGCGGAGGUGAGAAAGACCUGGCAAACCCCUUAACCUGUAAUACAGAGAGUCCAGUUAGUCCAUUGAGCAACAAUGUGCAUUGUGGUUCUGAAUCUCAUUAGUGGUUUGGUGAUUAACUAAUAUGUAUUUUUGUUCUUUCACCAAAACAAAAUGUGCAGUAGUGUCGUUUUCUUUGUAAUCCGUGAUUAAUCUUGUAGUUUAACCUGAGGAUGCUGAUGGAAUCAGUGGAGGGGUGUAAGAAAGUUGCUACUUUUUUUUUGCUACUUGUUAGUACUAGCCUUGUUUAUUUGUGUGUGUUUGUUUAUUUUUAUCAUGUAUUUAUUUACAUUUCCUUCUAGUCAAUGGCCAAUUAGUACUAGAUUGCUUU